AUGACUAGUCAGCGAUACGAGGCGUGUAUGGUGCUGAGCGGAGUUGGAGACGCUCUGGGCUACAAGAACGCGUCCUGGGAGUUCUGUAGGUCGGAUUGGAGAGUGAGCGAUGACACUGUGAUGCACAUCGCAACAGCCGAGGCCCUCCUCACCGAGUGGUCAGACAGCGACCAACUCUACUCCUCCAUCGCUCUCAAGUACCUGGAGUCCAUGAAAGACAUGGAUGGGAGGGCUCCUGGUAUCACCUGCUCCAGAAAAGUCCACAUGCUGGACCCUCACAAGAAGGUCUGGACAAACUGGUUGUCAGUCUCCAUUGAGUCCGGAAGGAUGAGCCACCAUCACCCGACUGGCUACCUGGGCUCACUGGCCGUGGCUCUCUUUGUGUCCUACUCGGUCCAGAAGAGGCCACUCCGGGAAUGGGGCGCUGGACUCCUGCACAUUCUGGACACGGCCAAGCAGUACAUCAUCGAGCACAGUCCUCAGAGAGACCACAAGGAGCACAUGGACAACUGGACCUACUUUGAGCAGCACUGGAAGGACUACCUGGCUCUGCGACAGCUCACUCGGGGAAGACGGAUGCCGUGUUUGAAGACCACGACGUAA